CCUGCUAGUAACAAACGUCUGUCUGCAAAUGUUAUUUGGCUCGUAAAUGACCAGCCCAACUUCAAGGGCCGUCGGCCCGGUUAAUACGGGUAUCGCAAGCAUACAUACAUAUGCUCUUCCGAUGGAUGAAGACUCGGCAUCCCUCAUCCAACUGCCUCUCGGCAUUGCCCCCUGCAGACUGUACACCGCCUACAAACAUCCAAAGUUCGAAUAUGUACUGAUACCGAUAGCCGAGUUCUUUUGUUGUGUUAUUAGGCCACUAGUCCAGUCCAACCAAGUGUUAAUAAGCUCGGAAAAAAACAGACAUUACAUGGAAUGAAUUGAGUUUAAACUUAGCUUCGUCUCUAUCGUCACCAUCUGCUGAUUUCUUUUAUUUUUCUUUUCGCCCCAAUUUCCUUUCUCUCUCUUUCAUCUACAGAACAAUCACUUCAACAGCCUCCAGACCGAAAAGAACCCGCAGUAUCGUGUAGGGAUUAGAGAUCGAUCGCUGCUCUUCCCCAGGGCCGCGAUCACAUCACUACCGUCAAGACGUUUUCCAACUUGCUCAAUUCCGUGCACCAUCCUUACGCCGGAGGCCAUUGCUCUGCCUCUCCCGGUGGUGCAGGGGAUUUUGCUCAUACCCUCUAAGAUAUUGCUCGCAUUCUGGCCUCAUCUCUGUCUUCUGCACUUGCAGCUGCUUUUUGUUGUUUUUAUUGUUGUCUCCUGAUUCCCGAAAAAAGAAAAGAAAAAAAAAUCGUAUACGCAGCCGAUAGAGGACUCUUCAUCACCUUUCACAGUCUUCGAUCCUGCCAUAGCGCCAACAUGUCUCCUCACGCUGAUAUGGAAGGCAAAGCCCCCAACGGAAAUGGCGAUGGCACCAACCGAACUGCCACCGUGCAACCAGUUGCUGCCAAGGAGGUCUUCGUCGUGGACUCGCCCAACGUGGUUUAUACCGAGCAUGAGAUCCGCUCCAAGUACACCUACCGCACCACCAUGGUGGCUAGGGGCGAUGAUGGCAGAUACAUUGCUCAGCCUAAGCAGACGACCUACGACUUCAAGGUGGAUCGGAAGGUACCCAAGGUCGGCGUGAUGCUGGUUGGAUGGGGAGGCAACAAUGGGUCAACCAUCACGGCUGCAGUCAUGGCUAACCGCCGUGAGCUCUCCUGGGAGACCCGUGAAGGCGUCCAGAAGCCCAACUACUAUGGAUCGCUUGUUAUGGGGUCGACCAUAAAGCUCGGCACGGAUUCCAACACGCUCAAGGACGUCAAUAUCCCUUUCCACGAUGUGCUGCCCAUGGUUCACCCCAAUGACCUCGUCAUCGGUGGCUGGGACAUCAGCGGCAUGAACCUGGCGGAUGCCAUGGACCGGGCCGGCGUUCUUGAACCUUCGCUAAAGAUGCAGGUUCGCAAGGAGAUGGCAUCAAUGAAGCCGUUGCCUAGCAUCUACUAUCCCGACUUUAUCGCUGCCAACCAGGGCUCACGUGCGGACAACGUGCUACCAGGCUCGAAGGCUUGCAACGGUCACGUUGAUCAGCUUCGUAGAGACAUUCGUGACUUCAAGGCGAAGAACGGGCUUGACAAAGUCAUUGUUUUGUGGACCGCCAACACUGAACGCUACGCUUCCGAGCUGAAUGGAGUCAAUGACACUGCAGACAACCUUCUCAAGUCGAUCGAGGGUGGUGAGCUAGAGGUCUCUCCCUCUACUGUUUUCGCAGUAGCCAGCAUUAUGGAGGGUGCCCCGUUCAUAAACGGCUCCCCUCAGAACACCUUCGUCAAGGGAGUUAUCGAACUGGCGGGGAUCCACAAAGUCUUCAUCGGCGGCGACGACUUCAAAUCGGGACAGACCAAGAUGAAAUCUGCGCUGGUCGAUUUUAUGAUCAACGCUGGCAUCAAACUGAACUCGAUAGCCUCGUACAAUCACCUUGGAAACAACGAUGGCAAGAACUUGAGCUCUUACAAGCAGUUCCGCUCCAAAGAGAUAUCCAAAUCCACCGUUGUUGAUGACAUGGUGGAGGCGAACAAUGUGCUGUACAAGCCAGGCGAGCAGCCGGACCACACCGUGGUCAUCAAGUAUAUGCCGGCUGUGGGGGAUAGCAAGCGCGCGUUGGACGAAUACUAUGGUGAAAUCUUUAUGGGUGGUCGCCAGACGAUUUCACUCUUCAACGUCUGCGAAGAUUCGCUUCUGGCGUCCCCGCUCAUCAUUGAUCUUGUGCUCAUCACUGAGAUGAUGUCUCGAAUCCAGUGGAAGACAGCAUCGGAUCCCGAAGAUGGCUUCAGAAACUUCCACAGCGUGUUGUCCGUCCUGAGCUACAUGCUCAAGGCGCCGCUGACUCCGCCUGGCACGCCCGUCGUCAACGCCCUGGCCAAGCAGCGCGCUGCUCUGACCAACAUCUUCCGGGCGUGCCUCGGCUUGGACCCUGAAUCGGACAUGACUCUGGAGCACAAGCUCCUCUAAGUCCGAACUCUGGUCAAAGUUGACGCGCACAUUUUGUCAUCUGGGAAACCGAGUCAAGACCAAACUUUUGCUACAGACUUUUUCUGUCGCAGCCGUUGCACGACACACCCUCUUAGGCAGUGUCUACUUUUCUUUCUCAUCCAACCACUUAACUGCCAUCAUUCGUUUAAGGCAUAUAUAGUCUGCAAAAUAGACUUUUUCUUUUUCUUUCUUUCAAUCUCCCUUUAAAUGGCCUGAAAGACGUACAUAACUAGAACUCAUCGAGUCGAGUGGUCGUGAAUAUUGGAUCAAAUGAGAGUAGCAUUACUCGGUAGCCCUAUCCUAUAUUCUACCACAUAGGUGCUGUCUCCACAAGGGCACCACAUCGGAUCCGCAGGUAAGGUACCUUUAAAUAUGAUGACAUAGCGC